ACAUUUGCAAGCCACGAAACUGGGACACCAAGACACCGGACUGACUCUGAAGGAGGACCAGCCAGCCAUCUACGAAUCGUGAUGCCGUACCCAAACCCCCUGGAUCUGCUCCUGAAUCUGACCAAGGCUGAAAUUGCGCUUGUGGCUCUAGUCCUUUGCAUCGUCUACUCUGCCGGAUAUUUCAUCUACAAUGUCUACUUCCAUCCCCUGGCCGGCUUCCCGGGCCCGGUCCUCUACGGCGGGACGGAGCUCAUGAAAGUGAUCCAGCAGAUCAAGGGAACCAUCAACUGGACCCUGACGGACCUGCACGAGAAGUACGGCCCCGUGGUGCGCCUCGCGCCGGGUGAGCUCACGUUCAUCUCGGCCAAGGCAUGGCAGGACAUCUACGGCAACCGGCAGGGCAAGCCGCUGCCGACCAACGAGGCGUACGGGGUGCGCGAGAAGGAGUUCUUCGGCGCUCUCGGGCUCCUCUGGGUCGGUGACGCGGCGGAGCACGCCCGCCACCGCAAGGUGCUGUCGGGGGCCUUCUCGGACAAGUCGCUGCGCGACCAGGAGCACAUCAUCCGCCGCUACGUCGACCUCCUGGUGAAACGCAUGCACGAGCGGGUCGGGCAGCCCGUCGACCUGUGGGCGUGGCUCAACUACACCACCUUCGACCUGAUCGGCGACCUGACCUUUGGCGAGCCCUUUGGGUGCCUCGAAAACUCUAGGUUCCAUCCCUGGAUAUCCUUCAUCUUCAGCCGGCUGAAGAUGAUGAUGUACGGCCAGAUCAUGAUCACGCUCGGCCUGCUCGGCAGCAUCAUCUACUUCCUGGUCCCGAAGUGGGUCAAGAGCGAGGCGCUGGUCCACAUCGCCUUCACCAAGGCCAAGGUCGACAACAGGCGGGCGCGCAAGACGGAGAGGCCGGACUUCAUGUCGCACAUCCUGAGCCACACGGUCAGCGCAGACGCGCGGGCGAGCGGCAAGGGCAUCUCGGAGGCGGAGCUCUACGCCGACUCCAACAUCCUCAUCAUGGCCGGGUCCGAGACGUCGGCCACGCUCAUGUCGGCGACCAUGUACCACCUCCUGGCGACCCCGCACGCGCUGGCGCGCCUGACGCGCGAGAUCCGGGCCGCCUUCUCGUCCGAGGCCGACAUCGACUUCGCCUCGGUGUCGCGGUCGUCGCCGUACCUGCUCGCCGUCAUCAACGAGGGCCUGCGCAUCCAGCCGCCACUCCCCGCGGGGAUCAACCGCGUGACGCGGCCCGAGGGCGCCGUCAUCGACGGCCGCUUCGUCGCGGGCGGGACCAACGUGCAGGUCCCGCACUGGGCAUGCUACCACAACUCGCGCAACUUCCGCGACGCCGACGACUUCGUGCCCGAGCGCUGGCUGGCCGACUCCGGCUCCGCCGCCGCCCCCGGCGACGAGGACGCCGCGAGUAGGUACGCCGACGAUAACAGGCCCGUGUUCCAGCCCUUCAGCGUCGGGAACAGGAACUGCCUCGGCAGGACCCUGGCCAUCACCGAGACGAGGCUGAUCCUGACAAGGCUAUUGUGGAACUUUGACAUGGAGCUGAUGCCCGAGAGCCGGGAUUGGGCUCGUCAGAAGACGUUCAUGCUGUACGAGAAGAAGCCGCUGAUGGUCAAGAUGACGGCCGUUCGGAGAGAGUCAGCGCAGGGCGGGAACGUGGAGAAGGCCUGAAUGGGAAGGAAUAGGGAACAGGAGACAGAUUGCAAACGUUUGAACUCGGUAGGGAAUGGGACAGCAUGGUUUAGUUCAUUACGCAGACUUCAUCACGUCCGAUUACAUCUAAAGAAUCACCUCGAGAGAUUUAGU